AUGUCAUCUAAACCCCCACCGUUCAUUCCAACGAACCCGUUGGGUUCCGAUUCGGACAUGCCGUCUUUCGCCGUCAAUCACGAAUUCGAUCUAUACGACGCGGACGACGCCGGUCACCCUACCGGAACAAUAUUCGACUUUACGACCGGCGAACUACUUGAUCCGACCAUAUUUGGGGAACCUAAUAAGGUAUUCCCUUCUGGUCCCGGACAUGUUUUACAGCCCAAUUCGAACAGGGCAGCGCCUGGCUACUCGUCUAUUCCUUCUCAUCGUGGUUCUUCCUCGUCCUCUUCAUCCAGGGCAAGCGGAAACACCAACUCGCCGAAGACUAGUAAUUCUUCGACCGAUGCGAUGGUGACCGAUGAACCCUACUCGGCAUGGAAUCUCGAAAAUGAGGCCAAACAUAAUGACUCGAACUUUAUGUUCGAUACUUUGGACCCUUCAACUAUGGACAUGUCCGCAGUUUUCGAUUUCGAUAGUGCCUCGAGCAGUCCUAGCCCUCCAACGAAUAACGUCGUACAAGAUUCAUCCGCAGCUGGAAAUGCUGCCCCGAAGGCCCCUGCUGCUAAGAGAAUCAAGGGGCACCACAAGGGACAAUCGCAACAUUCCCUAACCAAGUCGAUGAACGGGCUGAAGACGAGUGCCUCUAGAGAAGGCUCUCCUAUGUCAAGCAUCGCAGUUAGCCAGGAGCCUUCGCCGUCAACCAUGUUCAAAAAUUCACCCUCCCCUGACAAUACCGCUAACCAUUUUCAUGGCCUACCAAACAUGAAUAUGACGUCGGUCUGGCAACCAAUGACAGGCGUACAGACCAAUGGCUCGGCUCCCCAGGUCAGGCAAGAUUCGAUGAACCUUCCGGCUCCGACUCAUAGUCUUCCGUCCUACUCGCCGCAAAUGAACCUCCCUCGGCCGAGAUUGGUGGUUCAACCUACGCCUCUCAAAUCAAGGGUUGAGACUCAAAUACCGAUCAAGCUAACUCUCCAUCACUUGCCCCCGGGAAUUAAAAGACUUCACUUGCCAACCCAUACGAUAUCAAAACCCAAGUUGCUCGCAAAACCCGUAGCGACGCGGUCUCCUGACAUGCUCGAAUUGUAUACGAUGUUAGUCUGCACUAGCGCUAUGCAGGACCCGGUAAAGCUCCAGCGUGCAUUCAAACGGGCCGCAGUACUUCAGCAUGACUUCCACGGCCCAAAGCGACCCAGUGACAGCAGCGAAGAUGAAGAGCACAAACCUCAGAACGGAGGCGAGGUACGAAUAUGUGCUGGUUGUAUAACUCGGGAACGUAAGCGUGCUGGUCGCAAAAAACAUAAGAAGCCGGAGGAAGAGGAGCUAUGGAAUCGAUACGAGCAUCAGCGAGUCAUUGUCUUUAAUACUCAAGAAGUUAAAGAGUGGCAAGCCGUCACUCCCCACAUGGCUGAUCCUACUGGAGCCGGGUUGCCUGACCUUUCCGUACCUGAAGGUACCGUCCAGGUAGAUGCGCCAAUGCGUAUAGCUUGCUAUUGCCGACACCAUGGCGAGAAGAUGGGAUUCCAGGUCAUCUUUACUAUGAAGGACUACAAGGACAACGUUGUUGCUCAACAGAUCUCCUCCUCGAUCAUGAUUACUGAUGAUCACAAGACACAUCUCCCUACAACCUCUGCGGCACAAUGUUCGAAUCCCUCUGUGCCACCUUUAGGAGUUUCGCCAAUGCAUGCUACGAACGAUGUGAAAUCAGGCGAAGCCCAAUUGAUGUUCCACUCAUCGCAAUCAGCCUCUGAUCUCCAAGGAUUGGCGCAAAAUGGAAACUUCGCUUUCCCUACUGCCCCAGUCAACAACAAUCCCCAGCCUACACCCGCGCCCGCGCCAUCCCGUAACCUGUCUAGACAAGGAUCUCCGGCGAGCCCUUCGGCUCCCGUAUCUAAGAAGAGAAAGGCAAGCGGGUCCAUGAAGCUUCCGAGCGGCUUAGCAAUGACGAGACUCGAGACGAGUCAAUCACCGCCCACGAUGCCUCUGGGACCACAGAACGAGUCGGCCGUCACAUCUGCAGCCACAUCGCCAUUCUCGCCGAAUAUGACAACUUUUCCAAUGGCUACAGAUCCCUUGUUUGCUCAUGGGCAACAGGCAACUCUUAACAACAUUGGACAGCAUUUCCCAACCGGGCCUCCUACACCUAAUAGCAAUAGUCCUGAGCUCAUGUUUGCCUCGGGAGGUAGGAACUUAAGUCUUGACGUGGGUGCUCAGCUGUUCUCUGCGCCCACAUCGGCGCAUCCCAGCCGUGCUCCUAGUCCGAACCGGCUGAGAAAUGAGAUUCAGAACAUGCCCCACGCUCCACUUGGUCAAAAUAUGUUCAACGCAUCUGCUAUCAUGAAUUCGAAUAGAGCGCCGCCACCGAUGAUUUAUAAGAUCAUUCCUAGCGAGGGCCCAAAGUCGGGAGGUGUUGAGGUGACAAUUCUUGGUAGCGGUUUCACUAAUGGGGGACUCGAGGUCAUGUUUGGAGAGCAAAGGGCAGCUACAACCACAUACUGGGGCGAGACGUCGUUAGUCUGUCUUCUACCGCCGUCCCCUACUGCUGGGAUAGUUCCGGUAUCGAUCAGACAGCCUGGCGUAGCUCCCCAGCAUUCGUUUACUGGCAACCAGCAGCCGCUGUUUCGAUAUGUCGACGACGACGAACAUCGCUUAAUUCGUACAGCGCUUACUGUUUUGGGCAACAAGCUCGGUGGGAAGAUGACAGAUGUGGCGGAUAUCGCAAGAAAUAUUAUCUACGGGUCCGGUGGAUCUGGAAAUGGUGGCUCUUGGGGUCCUUCUCCCGGAGGAUCUCAAACCCCCAACACCAAUUUUAACAGCCUCGAGCAAGAUCUCUCGGAAUCCCCAGAACUAGGGCUUCUUCGUGUUCUUGAACUGAUCGAUCUGGAUGACAGCGCCAACAAGGCGAAGAUCAAUUUAAGGAGGUCCAGUGGACAGACAAUGCUUCAUUUAGCUUGCUCCCUAGGACUCGCUCGCUUUGUCGCCGGGCUUCUGUCGCGUGGAGCUAAUGUUGGCGUGCGGGAUAAGGGAGGUUUCACUCCUUUGCACAUGGCGGCGAUGAAUGAUCACCCAGAGAUCGUCCGGCGCCUAAUCAUGAAAGGGGCUGACCCGAAUAUGCGAACCCUUUCGGGUCUUACUCCCGCCGAUGUUGCUCAGUCUAGCGACGUGCUUCGGGUGCUGCGACAAAUCGAGAAUCACUCCAGGUCCCGGAGCAACGGAUCUCUCCAUAGUAGGGCUAACAGUGCUACCUCCCUCAGAUCAUUGUGGGAUCCGCCGUCAAUAACUCCGGCAGCACACCGUGAGGAAUUUAUGUCUGACGACUCGAGCUCAGUCGAUGAUAGUAAUGAUAGCGAUGAAGAUGCAUCAGAAGAGAGGGAUAGCGACGAGGAAAAUCCCGAUUGGCUGGAUAUGAGACGGUCAAGCUUCCCACACACUCAUAAGUCAAGUGAUGAAGACGCUGUCCCCGCGUCACCGAGCGCGGCAGUAACAGCUAUACGAGAUCAAUUUGGAGCGCAACUGCAACAAUGGCAACAUUCCAUGACGAUGCACUUCCAGAAUUUGGCGCAACUUCAGAUGCCGCACAUGCAGAUGCCCCAAAUGCCAACUUUGCCGCCUAUACCCGUCUUCCCAGAUUACCAAGCCUAUCUGAACUCGGCACCUGUCGUACAGCGCAUUAGUUCUCUUGUCCCUAACAUCCGAGGUUCGCGUCAUGCCGAUGAACAGCCUCCACAAGAACAACCCCCGCUAGACGCUCAUGCCAAACGAUGGGAGCUGCCCUUCUUCGGCGCCAAGGAGUCACCACCACCAGCCUAUAACACUAUCUUCCCAGAAAGCCCACGGAGCCACUAUGAUACGAAACAGGCCUCGGCAGCAGCUGCAGCCGCCGAUUUUGAGGCUGACAGUAAAUGCGCUGCUCUUUACGACCAAGCCAUUGGAGAAACUUCUACGGAAAUGUCAGAAACACAUGAAGUGCCCGCGUUACUUGAGAUCGGACGCAAGCGCAACAUCACCAAGGAACAGCAAGAACACUUACAGCGAGCUCAUGCUCAGAGACUUAAGACCGGCAGCAGUGACAAGAAGCUGUGGUUUGUCUGGGUAAGUAACGCGAAGCCCCUUUUUAUGAGACGAUGA